AUGAUCCAAGCGUGGGUCUCAGCCCAUGGACUGGAGGAUGCCGCUCGUUCCAUUCGUGCCAAAGUCAACAAGAAACAAAGAACUCGUGAUGCCCGCACUAAAAAGCCGCUCCAGUAUGCCCCAUGGGAAGGGGCUUUCUACUUCUGGUACGGGAAGAAUUUGCUUUCGUACCAAACUACACAGGUGGAUGUCGGCCUUCGCAAGGAGGAACAGAUCUCCAUCACUUGUGUCGGACGAUCUUCGCAAAUCCUGAAAUGUCUUAUGGAAGACUGCCGACGUGAAUAUCUCGAUGGAUUGAAGAAUAAAACAACUAUCUAUGCACAUCGCGAAAAUCACUGGAUAAAAGAAAAGGCGGUGGUUGCUCGACCUCUUGCAACCGUCAUACUCGAUGAAGAGCAAAAGGGUCAACUCAUCAAUGAUAUCAACAAAUUCCUCGACCCAGAAACCAAAAAACGGUAUUCCGAUCACUCGAUCCCCUACAAACGAGGAUAUCUUCUACAUGGACCUCCUGGAACCGGAAAGACAAGCUUCAGCCUAUCUAUUGCCGGCGCAUUGGAUAUGGAUAUCUACGUCGUCAGCAUCCCUAGCAUGAACGAUGAAAAGCUGAAUGACCUAUUUGCUGCGCUUCCAGAUAAAUGUGUCGUCUUGUUGGAGGACAUUGAUGCCGCGGGAGCUACAUUGUCUAGAGGCUCUGACACCGAUUCAGACAGCGAUGUAGACACGAGGUCACCAAAAAAGGGGGUGACCCUUUCGGGCCUUUUGAAUGUCCUUGAUGGGGUUUCCUCUCAGGACGACCGAAUUCUGAUCAUGACAACCAAUCAUCCUGAAAAACUAGAUCAUGCCCUCACUCGACCUGGUCGAGUAGAUUUGAAGAUUGCGUUCCAGCUUGCUAAUGAAAGCAUCGUUAAUGAGAUCUAUCGCUUCAUGUUCAAACAACCCGAACUCGAUCAUAGAAAUGUUAGUCAACAAGGAGGCCAUGAUGAAAAAAUCAAAAGACAGGCAGAGAAUGAAGAGAUCAAGGAACAGGCAAAGUUGUUUGCAGCAAAGAUACCGGAGUCUGUGUUCAGCCCAGCGGAGGUUAUAGCUUAUCUCCAGCAACACUGGGGUUCCCCGGCUAAUGCAGUAAAACACUGUGGCCAAUGGGUGGAUGAUCUUCAUGAAGAAAAGAAGGCCAAGAAACGAGCGAUGGGAAAGGGCGCCAGACAGGGUUAG